GGUAGUCUUACUUCAUACAUAAUAGAAUAUUGUAAAGGCCGGCCACCAUGAAUAUCCAAGCCGGUAAAGGCGGAGCGCGUCCUCGAAUGUUAAUGUGCUACUUAUGUGGUCGCGAGUUUGGAAGUAAAAGCUUGCCGAUUCAUUUACCGCAAUGUCAAAAGAAGUGGAUCGAUGCGGAGUCACUGAAACCAGCAAGAGAGCAACGGCCAAUGCCCGAACCACCUGCCGUUGAAGUUCCAAUAAAACUUGGGGGCAAGCCCCAGGUCAUUGACGACUUCAACGAAGCCGCGAAUAAACAAUUUCUAGCAUCGCUAGAGCAGUGUCCUUACUGUAAGCGCAAGUUUGCACCUGAGCCAUACAAGCAUCAUCAAAGAAGCUGCACCGCAAGCAACCCAGCAAAACCAGCUGGAACCGCACUUGUUUCAACAUCAUUGUCAAACAAUAAGCGAUUGCAACCUUACACAGUGAUUUCUGGAUCCAAGAAAUCUUCCAUAUCAAAGCCCGUCGUUGCUUCGAAGCCGCAAAGGCAGCCAGAGUUGAAGAAGAUGAUAGCAGAGGCUCGUUCACAAAAGGGCAACAACGCAGGGCCAGGUGGAGCAGGAGAAGGGACUUCUGCCUCUACUUCCAAAAUCAAGACUAAGCCUGCGGCUGCUGGGGCCAGUGAGCCUAAAAAGGGCCCAUCAGAAGGAGGUGGAUUUUGCGAUGAGUGCGGAGCAACGUACGGUCGAGCCGAAGCUAAAUUUUGUUCAAGUUGUGGAGCCAAAAGAAAAUCAUGAAAUCAGAUUUUACACUCCAAACAUGCAUCAAACAGAGUAGUCGGAGCUCGAGCCAGUCGAUGUCAAGUAACAUCCUCCUCGGCAAUCAAGUCAGUUGAGCUAUGAUAACGCGACUCUUGAGUCCAAUUCUGCUCCCAGCUUCGAUGGCCAACUUCAUCUGUCACAAAGGAUCAAAUAAUACUUCUGACAUGGACCCCAUCGGUGAAUAAUUCGUCUAAGUCAACGUUUCGAGUAGAAUUCCAGUCACAAACAAAAUUGUGGGCAGGUUGUGUAUCGCGUGCUCCUAAGUAAUAGAGGUUAACAGAACAGAGAGUCAGUCCGGCGUUGUCCUACUGGUCGAUUUACCUUUAAUAGCAGGCAUGACACAGAAAUGUCAUUUGUAAUAUUAUUCUUACGUUCCUAAAAGGCAGGUUGACAUCCUGAAGGUGUGAAUCGAACCACAUCAUACAAUUUCGAUUCUACUCACUCUAUUUCGCUACGGGUCCAACCCGGACGCUCCUUAUUUAUUUACAAUGACACUCCAUGGUAUAGUCCUUUCAUUAACACUUAACAUGUACAUAGUACGAGUUCUUGACC